ACCUCACAGAAAGGCAAAUACUAUCAGGGCCAUGGUGAAGGAACAGUAUUGUCAAACAUACCACCAUCUUUUCAACUAGGACAUUGAAAAUGAGCCUAAAAUGUAGAUUUAAAAAUAAUUACAGUAUACAUUACCAUUAUCUUUGGUAAUGGAUGUAUAGAGUCCAGCACAGAUUUGUGAUUUUAGAGCAAAAUAGAUAUGUUCUAAUCACUGCUGCACCUGUUGUGCAGUUUUCUCCAUUAACAUGAGCUCCAGCAUCAUGGACAAAUCACAGGUUUAUAUUAAUGUGCUCCUUCUAACCUGUUAUCAUUUCUUUAGUAACAGCUAAUUCACAGGGACUUGCUGGAUACUCCAUAUAAUCUAAGUCUAUGAAUAAAGUGAUUAAAAAUGUCUUGUUUAGCAAGUUUUGUUAAAGCUUUCUGUAAAGAGACAUGAUUUUACAUUUAUGGAAGAAGUCAGCAUUCUCAGCACUUUGUAGUACUCAGUAAGUUUUCCACCAUGGGAGAGUCGCUUUGGAGCUUUCUGGUUUCUCUGUAACAUGACAAGCAGUGAUUUUUUUGAGGGAAGAACUGUUUAUAUCUGCUAUAACAUUAGUGAUAACAGGAACUAAUUUGUUUCACAGAUGUUCCACAACAUUAAAUGUAACUAAAACAUGGUAAAAAAGUAUGAUGUGGCAUGUUAGAAUUGUUGGCAAUGGCUGUGGUAUAAGAGGAAUAAACACAUCAUGAGGUGUUGUUAUAGGAAAAGAAUCCACUGAAGUUGAUUAUUUUCCAAUAAAAGUAACACUGCUUUGUCUUGGGCUGCAUUAGACCACCCCAGCAUUGAUUGUUUUCCUAUAUCAGCAUAACCCCAAGUGUUUUGUUCUUGGUCAGCGAUGACAUUUGUGCCAUUCAGAUCAUGUUCUGUAAUAUGACAUUCCUCUUACCAUUGUCAGAUUCUGAUCCUUCCAGCAGCAUGAUGCAAAAAGACUCUCGGGACAUUUCUGAUUCCUCAGCGGACCAGUUUUGAUGUGCUGUGCUCACUGGGGACAAACGUUCUUAUUCUGCGCACUCAGAAUCAGCACCCAACAUGGUCAUCAGCUCUUGUAGGAAACAAAGUCUGAUGAGUAAAACAUUCUUAGACAUUCUGCACGCCAGUAUAGAAUUUGGCUAUGAUUUGCCAUGUUUGUUUUCUUGCAUGAUCCUCACCAUUCUCCUUUGUCUCCUCUGAGCUGCCGAAUUUAUACACACCUUAAUCACAUGACCUAUGUCUUGAUGAAAAGUACGAUAUAUGCGAUCAGGUGUGGAAGCUACUGAAUAAACUGUAAAUAACCAUGAAUGCCAUAUGCUUUUCCGUUGCAAUACCCUAUAGUGCAGGAGCAUUGCAAAUCUAUUAUAUCCAUUAGGUAAGGAUAAAAGACAACUAGGCAUCAUAGGAAAUUAAUCAACAAUAGUAUGAUGUGAUAUGAAGCACCAUUUCUAUUGUUAUUCCAAAGUGUUUUAUUCCUAGUAUACCACAGCAAAUUGCCAACAAAAUUUAUUAUUAAAGAAUGACCCCCUCAUACUUUUUUGCCCAUUUAUAAUUACAAUUAUAGUUAUGAAACCUCAAAGAAAUGUUAUUUCCUGUUAUUGCUUAUAUUGUAGCAGCUACAAACAGUUGUUUUCUCGCCAUCCAUUAUAGUUUCCUCUCUCUUGAAGUUAAUAAGCAAGAAAAAUGCAGCUUAUUAUAUUUGAGAGAAACCACAAAGACUUCCUGCGCCAGACAACCAAACGGAACAGCCUUCCUUCUGACUGUUACAAAGCGCUGACAUUGAAGCCUCCUUCCAAAAAUGCUAAAUGAACAUCUCCUUAGAGAAAACAUCUCAAUUACACACAUUUUUUUAAAAAACCAGUUUAUGAGGAAUGUCUGCCACAUUAACAGUGAUAUGGUAUAAAUCACCAUUAAACCCUGAGAUAUUACCAGAAGUUCACCUUUUGAGAACACGGACUGUUAUGACACCUUUGCAUACCAACAGAAAACCAACAAACACAUUUUGAAUAAAUCGCAGGUCACCCACUCACCUAUUAAUGAUAUCUAUGUAGAAAAUACAAAAUACCAUUAACAAAUAUUACAAACUAUUACAAAACAACCAGGAAGCAACUGAAAUACAUCAUAUGAUAUAUAUUUUUAUCCUACUGUGUAUGUUUCUGAGCCGCAUGCUUUGAUUAAGGCCAUUUAUCCCAUGCGAGUGGAUGUUAAAGGCCCACUGCAGAUCCCUGGCCUGUCCCUCCUGACGCCAGAGCUGUUGGUAUAAAAGGUAUGGCAUUUUCACCAAAGGUUUCAGUUUUUAACUAGCUCUUUUAGAAAUGUUAGAUGUUUGCUCAUCACAAAGUGAUGAAAAAUGAGCUGUGACUGUUUGCAGUGUACGGCACAGUGGUGCCGCAGGUAAUGUUGCUGUCUCUCAGAUCCCCGGUUGUGUUUGUAUGGGUUUCAUCUUUGUUCACUGCUUUCCUCCUAUCCCCAAAACAUGACUACAAUAAAUUGCCCCCAGGUGUGAAUGAGUGUGUGAAUGCGUGUGUAUGGUGCCCUUAAAUGGACUGGUGUUGCUAAAGCAUUCAAGAGCAAUAUCAUCUGUCAUGAAGAAGUUCAUCAGUUCGUCUCAGUGUGCCUAAUUUCUAUUUUUAUUUCCACACAUUACCAAACACUGAGGCUAGUCUGUAUUGUUAGAGACACACCCAAAAUGACAUUGCCUCUAAAUUCGAAACUAUCAUCAUCAUCAUCAUUUAGACACCUGCAAAUGUGCUGUAUUUGGUCUCUGGUGUAAUCCAGUUCUUAUUCAUAUCACUUGGGUAAUAAAACUGUCAGCGAGGGCAAAGUGCAGCCUUCCCUGAUAAAACACUGAGAUACCGUAUAAUCCAUAUGGAUAUAUGAGCCUCGGAACGAGCGAGGAAGAGCUCAAACACAAGAGGACACAUUCAAAUACAAAAACCAGGGCCACGCAUAUCUGAUUGGUCCAUCAUGUGGACAUGGGCGCUACUUCCUGUUUUCCUGGCAGUGUUUGGCACUCUAGGCAUUUGGACUGUGUUUGGUUUAGCUGUGUCUAAUGAGACAGUGAAUCUGACAGUCGAGUUCCCAUACAUCAGCACAUGUGGCACGUAUAACCCUCAGAGCUGUCUCUUCUCCCAGAUAUGCAACAUCUGCUCUGUGCUAGCUCUGUGGAUUGUGAUUAUAAGGUUCCAGCAGGUGAGGGAUUUGAAUUGUUCGUCACGUGUUAACACAGCCAGUCUAGUUCUGGGGUUCAUUUCAUCUAUAGGAAUCUCCAUCCUGGGAAACUUCCAGCAAUCGGUGGUGAUGGGAGCUCACUUGUUGGGUGCGUUCCUGGCAUUUUUUGUGGGUCUGGCAUACUUUUGGCUUCAGGUGUGGCUCACUUACCACGCAAAACCAUCAUAUGACAAGAAGUGGGCAGGGCCUGCACGGAUUAUUUUCUGCAGUCUUUGCACUUGCUUGGUUCUUGUCAUGACCGUGCUCCAUAAAACAGGCUACCGAUCUGCAGCUGCCAUAAGUGAGUGGGCUUUGGUCAUGUGCUUCUUCAUGUUGUUCGGCAUUUUCUCUGCAGAGUUCCGCCACAUUGACUUCCAUGAACUACACGUGCAGAACGAGGCGUUCAGCAAAAGUAGUCUUGAGUUUCCAACACAGACAAGUAAUAUGGUGGCACUGACUGGACACUUAACCAGCACACAAACACCCGUUGCCAAGUCUGACCCACAGUAUGGAUGAAACAAUGUAUAAUAUUGUAUUGUAUGGGUUUAUGCUGCUAAUAUGGACCUAAUGUUAUAGAAUAAGAGAACUUUGGUCUUAGUGAAUUUUCAUGUUUUACUAAAGAUGUCUAAUUUAUAAACCCAACCCAUUCUUUCCAGCUUUGACUGAUUUGUAAGUCUAGCUGCUCACAUUUAUUAACGACUUUGCUAUCAUUGAUAUGUUUAUAUCUUGUUGAAAUAAUAAAUAAAAAUACUUGUCCUCAUUGGCCAAGCAUGUGCUGUGCUUAGCGCUGAUGCCA